UUCAGCUCGCGCGGACAGAGACGGCCAUAUUUGCGGGAAUAAGCGAGCGGAGCGUCCCGCGCGGUUUGUGUGCUCCUGCAAAUCGCCCGCGUCACUUGAUCUUCAUGCACAUUUAAUGGUCACACACGACGCAGAAAUGCCUCACGGAAUAAGCCUCUAGUCCAACCAUAUGAUAUCUUUCGGCCCCGCGACGGAGUCCUCGCUCAAAAUGGAGGUGCAGAGCGUCAGCAGUGAGGUUAAUGGGCAUCAGAUCAUGGAUGAGCCAAUGGAGGAGGAGUCCUACACACACUGUGAUGAGGGGGCCUAUAAAGAGAUUCCCAUCACUCAUCAUGUGAAGGAGGGCUGUGAGAAGGCCGAGCCCAGCCAGUUUGAGCUGCUCAAGGUUUUGGGACAAGGCUCCUUUGGAAAGGUGUUUUUGGUGCGGAAGCUAAUGGGUCCGGAUGCCGGUCAGCUUUAUGCAAUGAAGGUGCUCAAAAAGGCAUCUUUAAAAGUGAGGGACAGAGUUCGCACUAAGAUGGAGAGGGAUAUUUUGGUGGAGGUCAAUCAUCCUUUCAUUGUGAAGUUGCACUAUGCCUUUCAGACAGAAGGGAAACUCUAUUUAAUUUUGGAUUUUCUCAGGGGUGGGGAUGUAUUUACUCGUUUAUCCAAAGAGGUUAUGUUUACAGAGGAGGAUGUGAAAUUCUACCUUGCAGAGCUGGCCCUUGCAUUGGAUCAUCUACACAACCUAGGCAUUGUUUACAGAGACCUGAAGCCUGAAAACAUUUUGCUUGAUGAAGCUGGACAUAUCAAGUUAACAGACUUUGGGCUCAGUAAAGAAUCCGUAGAUCAGGACAGAAAAGCGUACUCUUUCUGUGGCACUGUGGAAUAUAUGGCCCCUGAGGUGGUCAACAGGAGAGGUCACACACAGAGUGCUGACUGGUGGUCUCUCGGCGUCUUAAUGUUUGAAAUGCUGACCGGCACAUUACCGUUCCAAGGAAAAGACAGGAAUGAGACUAUGAACAUGAUUCUCAAAGCUAAGCUGGGAAUGCCACAGUUUUUGAGUUUGGAAGCACAAAGUCUUUUACGAAUGCUCUUCAAAAGAAAUCCAUCAAAUCGUUUAGGAGCAGGUCCUGACGGAGUGGAGGAGAUCAAGCGACACACGUUUUUCUCCACCAUCGACUGGAAUAAAUUGUACAGAAAAGAACUUCAGCCUCCAUUCAAACCUGCUGCAGGGAAACCAGAUGACACUUUCUGCUUCGACCCAGAAUUCACAGCCAAAACUCCCAAAGAUUCUCCAGGCAUUCCCCCCAGUGCAAACGCUCACCAGCUCUUUAAAGGCUUCAGUUUUGUAGCUCCAGCAUCACUGGAGGAAAGCAACAAAAGUUCCCCACUAGUCAACAUUCUCCCCAUAGUGCAGAUGCAUGCUGGCUCCGCUCAGUUUUCUGACAUGUACGAGCUGAAGGAGGACAUCGGCGUGGGCUCAUACUCCAUAUGCAAACGCUGCAUACACAGGGUCACCGCCAUGGAGUUUGCUGUGAAGAUCAUUGACAAAAGCAAGCGAGACCCAUCGGAGGAGAUUGAGAUCCUGAUGCGGUAUGGCCAGCAUCCCAACAUCAUCACACUGAAGGAUGUGUAUGACGAGGGUCGUUUCGUGUAUCUAGUGACGGAGCUCAUGAAGGGCGGUGAGCUGCUGGAUAAGAUCCUGAGGCAGAAGUUCUUCUCUGAGCGAGAGGCCAGCGCUGUGCUGUACACUAUCACCAAAACUGUGGACUACCUGCACUGCCAGGGGGUGGUGCAUCGGGACCUGAAGCCCAGCAACAUCCUCUACAUGGACGAUUCAGGAAACCCUGACUCCAUACGCAUCUGUGACUUUGGCUUUGCCAAGCAACUGAGAGGAGACAACGGACUGCUGCUCACACCCUGUUACACCGCCAACUUCGUGGCUCCUGAAGUACUGAUGCGUCAGGGUUAUGACGCUGCCUGUGAUAUCUGGAGUCUGGGAGUCCUGCUCUACACCAUGCUGGCAGGGUACACGCCCUUUGCCAAUGGACCCAAUGACACACCAGAGGAGAUCCUGUUACGUAUCGGCAGUGGAAAAUUCUCCCUAAAUGGAGGAAACUGGGAUUCUGUGUCGGACUCCUCAAAGGACCUGCUGUCUCACAUGCUGCACGUGGACCCUCAUCAGAGAUACUCAGCAGAACAGGUACUGAAACACUCGUGGAUCGCCUGCCGGGACCAGAACCCUCACUUUCAGCUCACGCGCCACGAAGCGCCUCAUUUGGUCAAGGGAGCGAUGGCUGCCACGUACUCGGCGUUGAACCACAAGACGUGCAAGCCGGUUCUGGAACCCGUAGCUGCCUCCAGUCUAGCUCAGCGCAGGAACAUGAAGAAGCUGACGUCCACAGACAUGUCGUGAAGCUCGUGACGUCCCUGUGCUCGUCUCCGAGGGUUGGCAUCUCCUGCCGAGUUCCCGUACGUGAUGCUUCAGGGAGUGCGCGCCAUUUGGGAGGAAACGCACGAAAGCCCCUUUUGUUUCUCUCUGGUAGAGUGAAAAACACCAGCUCCAUCUCUCCAUCGUGUCUGAAGUGUUUCACGCAUAAGCAAGCUGUUUCGAAUGUUCUUGCCCAAUGGAAACCCAGAUCUCGUGAAGAAACGUCCAGGUCAUCAACCUGUUUUUAGGACCAUUCCCUAGAUUUUCUAACCCUGGUGUACAGAAACGAAUGUCAUCAGGAGGGUUUUCCGUUAAAUUCACCCGUAUGUGGUACGUAACAGUUGAAAUGAAACUAGUUUUUCAACAUUAAAUGGAUGGGAAUCGGGCAAAGGAACCUUAAAACAUUACUGUGCAAAACAUCUUAAUGGUCCUAAAAACUGGCGUGGAUUUACUGAGAUGACUUAUCCAUUUCUAAGCCACUUUUUGUCCUGUUAGUGUUGCGAACCACAUGGCAUUACCUCAGAAGCACUCAGUGUUACGCGUUCUUUAGCUCGAUGUAUUAUAAGUCGUUCAUUACGUUUGUGUGGAACCUUGAGCACAUUUGCACUGAGGCUUGGGCAGGUCGUUGCUUCUGCGAGGCGCUCCUCUCCCUCCAUCUGUUCCCGUCUCAGACCGCUCUUUGCCUUUUGUUGAAUGGGAAGUACAUGAGCAAAAGGUGAAGAAAUAAAUCUAUAUUUAUAAAAUCGAAUGAGGUGAAUGAAUGUAGAUGAGAUUGAAUCCAUGAAAUCACAUCUCUCUGCUCCAGGUGGAGGGGAAAAAAAUAUUCCAUGAAACUUUUUAAAGACAUUGUGGAAAUUGUAUCAUAUUGUAUUUAUUUCACUUAUUUUUAAAAUUUUAUUUUUUCUUUCAGGUGAUGUACAUAUUGACAUUAAAGAACAUUAUUGACAUGA